CAAACCUCCGAAGCUUCUAAUAUCUCUCUUUUCCUCCUCGGGCCUCGUCCAGCCCAUUGAUUCUCCCUAGGACGCUUCCUCUACCAAGCUAUACACAAAGGACUCCCACCCACCUUCAAAAUCAUGUCCACAAAUCCUCCGACCUUCCAAUCUGCCCUCCUCGCUGGUGCCCUUGCUGGUACAACCGUCGAUCUCUCUCUCUUCCCUCUCGACACUCUCAAGACCCGUCUUCAGUCCUCGGCCGGUUUCUUCCCCUCCGGCGGUUUCAGCGGUAUUUAUCGCGGUAUCGGUUCUGCCCUUGUCGGAUCUGCUCCGGGGGCUGCGUUCUUCUUCUGCACAUACGAGGGCGUAAAGGGCUUCCUGGCUGAUAAGGAUAAUACUUCUGCGCCAGGAUGGAAGGCUCCCCUUACACAUAUGGCAGCUGCUAGCGCCGGAGAGGUGGCAGCUUGCGCUGUUCGUGUGCCAACCGAGGUUGUUAAGCAGCGUGCGCAGGCGGGUCAUCAUGGUGGUUCUUCGGCUGCUGCUCUGCGGGCCAUUCUGUCACGGUAUUCGAGCCAUGGGUUUGUUCCAAUGUGGAGAGAGCUCUAUCGCGGUUGGGGAAUCACCGUUUUCCGCGAGGUGCCAUUUACUGUGAUUCAAUUCCCGCUAUGGGAGGCCAUGAAGUCCUGGGGACGACGUCGCCGCGGUGGUCGUGAGGUCACUGGUGCCGAGAGUGCUCUCUAUGGAAGCAUGGCUGGUGGAUUAUCUGCGGCACUGACGACGCCGCUCGAUGUACUCAAGACGAGAGUCAUGUUAUCGAAGGAGAGUGUUUCAGUAUCGGAAAUAUUUGGCCGGAUAUUGCGCGAGGAGGGCAGCAGAGCUUUCUUUUCUGGUGUAGCACCACGAGUUACAUGGAUUUCUAUUGGAGGCGCGAUUUUCCUGGGAAGCUAUCAGUGGGCUAUUAACACCAUGAACGGCGUUGUAUGAUAAUGGGAAGUGAUACAAGAAAUCAACAAAUCGGGCGGAAUUGUACAAUGUAAAACACGGAGCAAGGAGCAUGGAGUCAAGAGACGGGCGUUUCGAAAGAAAUAGAGAGAGGCUUAACUUCUCCCAAAUGGUAUAUACGCCUUGACGGCAUCUGACCUAUGUACAAAUUUAUAUACGAUAAAUGAAAUAGCUGGUGACAAAAGCCAACCCUUCUGGCACACGACACCACACAACGGGUUGAAGAGUCUCGGGAUCUCAUCUUCUCAUUCAGCG